AGGAUUCGAAAUAACCGGGCAUAACGAAGAAAAACAUCAUUUAUUGGAGUCGCAACAAUGCAAUCCUUUCACGAGUCCAUGCCUCAUAUACCCGUCUUGCAAUUUGUCGUAUGGUUCAAUUUCAUCAACCUUGAUUGCAGCAGUGCGUUACCUCCUAGCUACGCCGCACAAAAUCAUCAUGGGAUUCUUUUACAGUCAACUCUUCAAGAGCAUCCCGUACCCGACAGGCUCUUACACCGGCAAGACCAUCAUCAUCACAGGUGGUAAUGGCGGUCUUGGCAGAGAAGCAGCUCGCCAUUUUGUACGACUAGGCGCCAGCAAAAUGAUUCUCGCUGUGCGCAGCUUGACCAAAGGCCAUGAGGCCAAGCUAGACAUUGAAAGCACGACUGGAUGCGGGAAGAAAGUUAUCGAGGUCUGGGAAUUGGACAUGGCUCUAUAUGCGAGCGUGCAGCAAUUUGCCGAUCGUGUGGUCCAGCACCUUGAUCGAGUGGACAUCUUUCUUGCGAACGCGGGUAUCGCGCCGGCUCAAUACAAGACAGCCGAGGACAAUGAGGCAUCCAUUACAGUCAAUGUCGUCUCGACGUUCCUCCUCGCGGCACUCGUUAUGCCCAAACUCAAGGCCACGGCGGCCAAUUUCCAUACUCGGCCCACGCUGUCCAUCACAAGCUCGGCUGUCCACGAGCACACCACUCUGCCGCAGAAGUCAUGCCCAGAGGGCCAAAUUUUCGCAACAGUAAAUGACAAAGUCACGGCGAAUAAAUACUGGGCAGAUAUGUAUGCUGUUUCAAAACUAUUCGAGGUGUUUGGUGUCCGCGCCCUUGCCGAGAAACAUCCCGCAGAAAGCUAUCCCGUUACCAUCAAUUGCACAAACCCCGGUUUGUGCCAUUCUGACUUGGGCCGCGAAUAUAAUGGCUUCGGAUUUUGGCUGCUUAAGUUAUUAGUAGCACGGUCGACCGAGAUUGGCGGCAGAAUCCUCGUUCAUGGUGGAACUUCAGGCGCGGAAUCCCAUGGUCAGUAUUUGGAUGAUUGUGAAGUCGGAGCUCCGUCCCCAUGGGUUCUCAGCGAGGAAGGCCAAACGACACAGGAUCGCGUGUGGAAAGAGUUGGUAACGAAACUUGAGAGUAUUAAACCAGGAGUAACGAGUAGCUUUUGAUUAAGGUAGUACGAGUCGGAUGCGAUUGUUGUGUCUUGCAACUCAGAUUCAAUGUCUCUGAUAGAUAUUAGAGGAAUAAAUUCUCAGCUAGUGACAUGUAAUAAUCGCAAUUAUAUUCCCAAC